CAAGUAUAGGCUGUUUUCCGUGAACGAUCGAUACCGCUCCAGUCAGCUUAUAUCACUGUCUUUCUGGGGGAUUAUGAGCGCCGUAAAGAGAGACGGACGAUAACCAAAAACCAUCCGUAUAGCACACGUGAAACCGCCUAAGGUCAAAAAUAAACAACAACAAACUCCCACGACUGCUAGACUAGACGGACUCCCACUUUUCUCCUUCCACAUUUACCAAAUUUUUAUACGUAAGCAAAAGCAAUUUAGCUUUCCCGUUGGAAUUUAAUUUACAACAACUUAUCGUGUAAGCAGGAAGUGCAGGCGGAUAUGGAAAUUCGUUGUUAACUCGACUAGUUAAUACUUAACUCCCACUUUAGAGCAAGAAAUUAGAUCCAAAAUGCCAAUCAAGAAUAUCUGUUGCUUGGGUGCAGGAUAUGUGGGGGGCCCAACUUGUAGUGUGAUUGCUCUGAAAUGUCCAGAAAUUAAAGUAACAGUAGCAGAUCUCAGCAAGGAAAGAAUCAAACAGUGGAAUUCUGACAGACUGCCCAUAUAUGAGCCUGGUUUGGAUGAAGUUGUUAUGUCAUGCAGGGGAAAGAAUCUAUUUUUCACAAAUGAUGUUCAUGCUGCCAUUCUUGAAGCUGAUUUGAUAUUCAUCUCAGUCAAUACCCCUACAAAAAACUUUGGGAAUGGAAAGGGUAGAGCAGCAGAUCUGAAAUAUGUCGAGAGUGCAGCAAGGUUAAUUGCUGAUAUUGCCAAAAGUAACAAAAUUGUUGUUGAAAAAAGCACUGUGCCUGUAAGAGCUGCAGAAAGUAUAUCCAAAAUACUGAUGGCGAACCAAAAACCAGGAAUUACAUAUCAGAUUUUAUCUAAUCCAGAAUUUCUUGCUGAAGGCACUGCUAUCAACGAUUUGCUUUACCCAGAUCGGGUAUUGAUUGGUGGUGAAGAAUCUCCUUCUGGUAAAGAAGCCAUUGAAGCAUUAUGCAGCAUUUAUGAACAUUGGAUAACUCGGAAAAAUAUCUUGACCACCAACACUUGGUCAUCAGAAUUGUCAAAACUUGCUGCAAACGCUCUAUUGGCCCAAAGAAUUUCCAGCAUAAAUUCACUGUCAGCUGUCUGUGAAGCAACUGGUGCUGACAUUUCUGAGGUCGCCAGAGCAGUUGGGCUUGAUUCUAGAAUUGGUCCAAAAUUUCUUCAAGCCUCUAUAGGUUUCGGAGGAAGCUGUUUUCAAAAGGACAUCCUAAAUCUUGUCUACAUUUGCGAAUGUCUGAAUCUCCCUGAAGUCGCCAGUUACUGGCAACAAGUAAUCGAUAUGAACGAAUAUCAAAAGUCUCGAUUCACGUCAAAAGUCAUCGAAUCUUUGUUCAACACUGUGACUGGGAAGAACAUAUGCAUAUUAGGAUUUGCUUUUAAGAAAAACACUGGGGAUACUAGAGAAAGCCCGGCUAUAUACGUUGUCAAAACUCUGUUGGACGAGGGUGCCUCCUUGAAAAUAUAUGAUCCAAAGGUUCUUGAAUCGCAGAUAAUCGAGGAUUUAACUUACCCAGCCAUAUGUGAAUCACCUGAAGAAGUCAUGAAAAAUGUAAUGAUCUGCAAAGAUGCAUACAGUGCGGCUAAAGAAUGCCAUGCUAUCGUUAUUUGCACCGAAUGGGAUGAAUUCACAGCUUUGGACUACAACAAAAUCUACAGCGAAAUGAUGAAACCGGCGUACAUAUUUGACGGUAGAAAAAUUUUAGAUCAUCAGGCACUCGUUGACAUUGGUUUCUACGUUCAAACUAUCGGCAAAAGACUGAACAGGCCUGCUGAGCUGAGGUGCUGGAACAGCAGUCCUGGAGUUAUAUAAACAAAGUCCAUGUGUCUUUGGUUUCAGCUUGCCAUUUGAACACAGUUUCUGCUUAGCAAGACUAAGCCACCAAAAACACCGGAUUGUUUAAAUAAACCAAAUCGUUAUUUUUGAAACGAUAAUUCAUUUUCAACCAUAGAAAAAACUUGUUACCAUCCAACAAAAAUAACCACCCUUGUCAGAAUCAGGUGUCCCAAAUUGAUAUGAUGGUCUUAUCCCACUGCUGGAUGAUUUUAGAAAAACCGCGCAGCAUUUAUAAAAUUACCCUUCCAUUUUUUUUUAUUCAGUAUUUGCUUUUGUAAGGAACGUUAUUAUAUGAGUAAAAACUUAUUAUCCAAGGAGACAUUUUUUUGUGUAGAAAACCGAAAACACAAAAUUUUGUUUGAAUUCAAUUGUAACUUGCUCCCUUGGGUGAUAAGUCAAAGCUCUAGGGAAUGUACUUAAUUCUUACUCGAUCUAUGGGUCUCAAAAUAUAGUAUUAAAUGCACUGAAUUUUUUUUUACUUGUCCUAUUUUGGCUUUCAAUGUAUAGGAGAAAGAAUCAGAGAGAGGUAAGAAAUGACUCAAAAAACAUGGCAUCCACAAAACACUUUAUAUUAAUUUGUCGGAAAUAAAAGCGUUGCUGUCACAUACAGAGAAAUCCAAAUGUCAGUGACGAGGUAAUGUGUACGAGAGUGAAUCGUGCAUUACGUAUGUUCGUGGCCUCGUCACUCGGGUUGCUAGGCAACCUGGUGCUUCUAUAUCUUUCUAAAAUAAGUAUUGCACGCUUCUCGUGUUUCUCUCUCGUACACAUUACGACGUCAUUGGUACAUGGAUUUCUCUGUAAAUAAUCCUUUUUGGAUGAAUUCAUCGACCAUCACUUGUAAUGAACGCAUUUUUGUUUACAUUUACUUUAGUUUAGACAUAUAUUUAUUGUAGGGAUAUUUAUCAUCCAUUUGCAACCUACGAAAUAUAUUUUUUUUUAACAUAGUUAUUAAUCACACUUUUUGCGAGAGAAGAAAAUCUGUAAGUUAUCACAUAGCUAUUUAACUUUUAGUGCCCUACGCGGAAUACAAAACGACAUAGUUUCGUAAUAAAAGAAGUACGUCAACUUAAAGUUCAGAAGUUUUAUAACCUCAAUUUGCUUAGUUGACCAUCAAUUGUCGGUCUAUUUUAUAUGGUCGCGAGUUAACUAGACAGCCUGAGCUUGAGAUGUUUGUUUAUUUCAUAUGACUUUUUGACGUAACCACCAAAAAACGUGAACAGAGCUAAGCUCGAUUCUCUUUAGCAAAUGUAGUGUUUUAUAAAUAUUUUAUGAUAGCUUGGCAACACCGCCUCGGUAGCAAGGACGGUCCUCGCGUAGAUCCCUGUUUUUAUUUAUAAACCAAUAAUAUUCCAAGAGCGGACCGCAAAGUUUUGAUUACAUCACGUACUGAUAUGGAUUAUUAAAAACUAAUUUUACAUAUUUUGAUGCUAUCAGCAAACUUGCCAAGAGAUUUGCCUAGUUUUUAAUAUUCAAUAUCAGUACGCGAUGAUGUAACACAAAAAUGUACAAUUGGCUUCUCUACUAUAAUGCAGGUAACUUUUAAGGUCAAUGGGUCCGACCGCUUGGUUAUAAAGGCACUCUACGAUGUUUUUUUCAAACUUACGUUGCACGUUUCUCUCCCUCGUACACAUUGAAAGCCAGGGCCGAAUAAGUAAAUGAAUCUCAGUAUAUAUCAUUUUCAACAUUGGAAACAGCUGGUUCCAAAAAUUGGAAAUACGGAUGGCAUUUUUAAUGGAAUGGUGUCUCUUUUUAAUAAAAUUAAAUCAAAAUCUUGAGAUAACCAGAAAUUAAGCCUAGUAACAAUGAAUGUUUUCAAUGUUGUAUUUGGUAUUAGAUAAGUUUAAACAAAAAAAUCAUGCUGAUACUUGUAAAACUCUUCUGAGCUUAUUCCUGUAUUACACUGCAUUCUUCUUUAUAUUUUAUUAUAUAUGUACUAUAUAUAUAUAUAUAUAUAUAUAUAUAUAUUUUUACCUGCGUUUUAUGAUACUCUUAAAAUUAAUUAUAUGGUGCAAUAUAGAAAUACUACAAAGUUUUAAAUAUAUUAUGCUAUUGUUAUUGAUAAGCGUCACAUUAUUGAAUGAGUUUAUUCAAUAUGCUCAACUGUCUAUAUGUCAUAAACUGGCUGGCAAACAAUACACAACAAUAAAAUGCACUAUUAUCAUGAUAACUUUGAAUUCUCCCAAGUAUCCACCUAUUAUGGAAAAUCUACAAAACUGUUAUCAAUAAAAUAUAAAUCUAUAUGAAACUGAAUGUUCAAAUUUUAAUAAACUUUACAAAACAUAGUGUUUAUUUACAUUUGUCUACUCUCAUCUUAUCGUGUUGAUCUACUAUCAUUUUUGCUUCUCAUUCCAGUUUUACAGCUACGUAUUCGUCCUCCUUUCUACAGUCAUAGUUAAACUUUAUUCCACUCGUAAUCACCAUACAUAUCAGCCAACCCUCGUAAACUGAUGUAAGACCACAAGAUGCUAGUGACAAUUUUUCGUUAAGUUGGUUAUGCUUUCAAAGAACAAGAAAUUAGAAUUGCUAGACCUUAUGACUUAAAUCGGUCCCACACGAUGUGGCGAAUGCCUUACAACGUUUGGCACAUGGCCAUUCGCUACAUCGUGUGAAAGAGCCCUGACAGAUUACAUGUAUCCAACGUUCGCCACAUGGCACGAUCGGGCUCUUGUCGAUUGACCCGCGUCAAAGGACGUUUCAACGUUGGAAGCAUGGUUCGUUACGCUCCCACACAAGAUGUCAUGUGUUUGAUGGUUUUAUGUUAGAACCAGUACUGGCGAAAAAUAUAUAAUAGUGGUAUGUGG